AUGAUGGCGGCGGCGCUGGGGCCCCCAGAAGUGAUCGCUCAGCUGGAGAACGCGGCCAAAGUUCUGAUGGCACCACCUUCCAUGGUCAAUAAUGAACAACGCCAGCAUGCAGAGCACAUAUUCUUAUCAUUUAGGAAAUCAAAGUCACCAUUUGCAGUUUGUAAGCAUAUUUUGGAUAUUUUUCACCUCCAAAAGUAUGUUCGGGAACAGAUUCUACUAGCAGUAGCAGUAAUUGUAAAGCGAGGAUCAUUAGAUAAAUCAAUUGACUGCAAAAGCAUUUUUCAUGAAGUCAGCCAGUUGAUAAGUAGUGGCAAUCCCACUGUGCAAACUCUGGCCUGUUCUAUUCUAACUGCACUAUUAAGUGAAUUUUCAAGUUCAAGUAAAACCAGCAACAUUGGAUUGAGUAUGGAAUUCCAUGGUAACUGCAAAAGAGUUUUUCAGGAAGAAGACCUUCGUCAGAUCUUCAUGUUAACUGUUGAAGUUCUGCAGGAGUUUAGCAGGCGGGAAAACCUCAACGCACAGAUGUCUUCAGUAUUUCAGCGUUACCUUGCACUCGCCAAUCAAGUCUUGAGCUGGAACUUUCUUCCUCCCAAUUUGGGCAGACAUUAUAUAGCUAUGUUUGAAUCCUCUCAAAAUGUGCUAUUGAAGCCAACGGAGUCCUGGCGGGAGACUCUUCUGGACAGCAGAGUUAUGGAGCUUUUCUUCACAGUACAUCGAAAAAUCAGAGAAGAUUCAGAUAUGGCACAAGAUUCUCUGCAGUGCCUUGCCCAGUUAGCUUCUCUUCAUGGACCCAUCUUCCCUGAUGAAGGAUCACAAAUUGAUUAUCUAGCACACUUCAUUGAGGGAUUACUGAAUACUAUCAAUGGAAUUGAAAUAGAAGAUUCUGAAGCUGUGGGAAUCUCCAGCAUUAUAAGCAACUUGAUAACUGUCUUCCCUCGAAAUGUUUUAACUGCCAUUCCAAAUGAACUUUUCUCCUCCUUUGUUAACUGCCUCACACACCUCACUUGCUCUUUUGGGCGAAGUGCUGCAUUGGAAGAAGUGCUUGAUAAAGAUGACAUGGUAUAUAUGGAAGCAUAUGAUAAAUUGCUGGAGUCCUGGCUAACUUUGGUCCAAGAUGACAAACAUUUCCAUAAAGGCUUUUUUACCCAACAUGCAGUUCAAGUUUUCAAUUCCUAUAUUCAGUGCCACCUAAAAGUUUCUUAUCAACUUGAAAUUAACAGGUUAACAUUUAUAUUUGACUUUUACAUCAAUUUAUAUGAUGUAUGCUACCUCUUAGCUGAUGAUACUCAGGGAGAGACUCCGCUAAUACCUCCAGAAAUAAUGGAAUAUUCCAUUAAGCAUUCAUCUGAAGUUGACAUUAAUACAACACUUCAAAUUUUGGGAUCUCCAGGAGAAAAGGCUUCUUCCAUCCCAGGGUACAACAGAACAGAUUCUGUGAUUAGGCUGUUGUCUGCCAUUCUAAGAGUUUCAGAAGUUGAAUCUCGUGCAAUAAGAGCAGAUCUCACACAUCUACUAAGCCCCCAAAUGGGCAAAGAUAUUGUUUGGUUUUUAAAACGCUGGGCAAAGACUUACCUUCUGGUGGAUGAAAAACUGUAUGAUCAGAUAAGUCUGCCAUUCAGUACGGCAUUUGGAGCAGAUACGGAGGGUUCUCAGUGGAUUAUUGGCUACCUCUUACAAAAAGUCAUCAGUAACCUCUCGGUCUGGAGCAGUGAGCAGGACCUGGCAAACGACACUGUGCAGCUCCUUGUCACUUUGGUGGAAAGAAGGGAAAGGGCAAACUUAGUAAUUCAGUGUGAAAACUGGUGGAACUUAGCUAAACAGUUUGCAAGCCGAAGCCCACCUCUUAAUUUCUUGUCAAGUCCCGUGCAGAGAACACUGAUGAAGGCUCUAGUCUUAGGAGGUUUCGCACAUAUGGACACGGAAACCAAACAACAGUAUUGGACAGAGGUCCUUCAGCCACUUCAGCAGAGAUUCUUAAGAGUGAUAAACCAAGAAAACUUUCAGCAGAUGUGUCAGCAAGAAGAAGUGAAGCAGGAAAUCACCGCCACACUGGAGGCGCUGUGUGGCAUUGCCGAGGCUACCCAGAUCGAUAACGUAGCAAUCCUUUUUAAUUUUUUAAUGGACUUUCUUACCAAUUGCAUUGGGUUGAUGGAAGUUUACAAAAAUACCCCAGAGACUGUCAAUCUCAUUAUAGAAGUUUUUGUUGAAGUUGCACAUAAACAGAUAUGUUAUCUUGGAGAGUCCAAAGCUAUGAACUUAUAUGAAGCCUGCCUUACUUUGUUGCAAGUAUAUUCUAAGAAUAAUUUAGGGCGGCAAAGAAUAGAUGUUACAGCGGAAGAAGAGCAAUAUCAAGACCUACUUCUCAUUAUGGAACUUCUUACUAAUCUUCUGUCAAAAGAAUUCAUAGAUUUCAGUGAUACAGAUGAAGUGUUUAGAGGACACGAGCCGGGUCAAACAGCAAACAGGUCUGUAUCAGCAGCGGAUGUUGUUUUAUAUGGAGUAAACCUAAUUCUGCCCUUGAUGUCACAAGAUCUUUUGAAGUUUCCAACCCUUUGUAAUCAAUACUACAAAUUAAUCACAUUUAUCUGUGAGAUUUUUCCUGAAAAAAUACCGCAGCUUCCUGAGGACCUAUUCAAAAGUCUGAUGUACUCUCUAGAAUUAGGAAUGACAUCAAUGAGUUCGGAGGUUUGCCAGCUUUGCCUGGAGGCCUUGACACCAUUAGCUGAACAAUGUGCAAAAGCACAAGAAACAGAUUCACCACUUUUUCUAGCAACACGGCACUUUCUUAAGGCUGAAUAUUCCGAACUGGUCGAAACAUUACUGUCAAGUCAACAAGACCCUGUUAUUUACCAGAGAUUAGCAGAUGCCUUCAACAAGCUCACUGCAAGCAGCACUCCUCCUACGCUGGACCGGAAGCAGAAGAUGGCCUUCCUGAAGAGUUUAGAAGAAUUUAUGGCAAAUGUUGGUGGUCUCCUUUGUGUAAAAUAAACAACAAAACUUUAUGCUUAAUUUAGAUCCUUUCUGCAAAGUGCACUGAAUUGCUGAAAGUUGACUUGAGUCUUGUCCUGUUCCUCAGUUCAUUUGGCCAUUUUCAAUUUUGGAGAGCCUGAAACUUUGAUACGUAAUACAGUGAAACAGGAGAGGUCAACCAACUUUGAGUCAGCUUCUGCUGUUAGUGUUAGCCACAAUCUGUCGUAUAUAUGUCUCCUAGGUUUUGAAUGGUGAUUUAAAAUUUUCAAAAUGAUAUUCCAUAUAUGUGCAGAUAUGGGCACCAUGAAAUACAUAUUCAGUGCCUUUCCCCCUUUUAUCAAAACAUAGGUGGCUAGCCAAAGUUUAGAAUUUUUGUCAUUAAAUAUUAGGUGGAUAUAUGCUAGGCAAUGUUUCUUGAAACGUUGUCCACAGAUCACCUGCAUCACUUGAGGAGCUGG